AACUGCGCAGUCUGUCCCUCACCUCACGGUCCUCUUAGUGAGAGCAGAGACCCUCUCUGCUGCUGCACAGUCUCUCCAUCAGCUCUCUUUCUUCAUCACUCUCACUCAGAUUUGGGGCUGCACACCUGAACGCUCCCUGCCAUGUCUGACAACGAGGAGGUGGCGGAGGAAUACGAGGAGGAGCAGGGAGAAGAAGAGGCUGCUGAAGAGGGUGUGCAAGAAGAGGACACACCUGCUGCAGAGGAGGAGACCAACGAAGAACAAGAUGGAGAAGAGGAAGCAGAGGAGGGAGAAGAGGAGGAGGCCAAACCAAAAUUCAAGCCAUUUAUCAUGCCCAACCUUAUACCUCCUAAGAUCCCAGAUGGAGAGAAGGUGGAUUUUGAUGAUAUACAUCGCAAAAGGAUGGAGAAGGACCUGAUGGAGCUUCAGACUUUGAUUGAGGUUCACUUUGAGAGUAGAAAGAAAGAAGAAGAGGAGCUCAUUAAUCUCACAGAGAGGAUUGAGAAGCGCCGUUCCGAGCGAGCAGAGCAGCAAAGAAUCCGCAGUGAGAGGGAAAAAGAGCGCCAGAAGCGACUUGAGGAGGAGAGAGCUCGAAAGGAGGAGGAGGAGGCCAAGAGGAGAGCAGAGGAUGACGCAAAGAAGAAGAAAACCCUCACCAGCCUCCACUUUGGAGGUUACAUGCAGAAAUUGACAGAAAAACGGAGUGGAAAGCGGCAGACUGAGAGAGAGAAGAAGAAGAAGAUCCUGAGCGAAAGACGCAAAUCUCUGGACAUCGAGAACAUGAGCCAGGACAAAAUCAAGGAGAAAGCUAAAGAGCUAUGGGAGUGGUUGCACGAGUUGGAGGCUGAAAAGUUUGAACUGCAGUACCAGAUCACCAGACAGAAAUAUGAUAUUAAUGUGCUGAGGAACCGCGUCAGCGACCAUCAGAAAACAUCCAAGAGGACAAAAAGGGGCCUGAGGAAAUAACUGCAGACGUGCUGAGUGACAAGCGUAAUCAUCUGCCCGCCCUGUGGCCCUUUCCUGCCACACCCCAGUCCCACCUGUUUCCUUAGUACCAUCAGCUACAGCACCAGUUUUAUCCAGUUUUCCAGCUCCAUCUCACUCUGUUGUUUUCCUUUUAUUCCUGUCCUCUAAAUUAUAUCCUCUGUGUUUCAGGGUGUAAAUAAAAUCAUGCUCGUUCAAUUGA